UUGGCCAGAGCGCGGUGCACAGCCAAUGCGGAUACCCGGGGACUCGAGGCUCCGCCCCCUACGGAGACUUAGGGGCUCUCAAGCUUGGGGUGACCGGACCCGCUGGCGAUCAGGGGAUGGACGCGGUGCGGAGAAGCGCGCGGGGCCGCGCAGAGAGCCCACCCGACAGGAAGGUCUAUAUGGAUUACAACGCCACCACACCUCUGGAGCCCGCAGUCAUCCAGGCUGUGACAGAGGCCAUGAGGGAAGCCUGGGGCAACCCCAGCAGCUCCUAUGUGGCAGGUAAGAAGGCCAAGGACAUUAUAAACACAGCUCGGGCGAGCCUGGCCAAGAUGAUUGGGGGGAAGCCUCAGGACAUCAUCUUCACUUCCGGGGGCACCGAGUCAAAUAAUCUGGUCAUCCACUCCAUGGUGAGAUAUUUCCAUGAACAGCAGACCCUGAAGGGGCACGUGAUUGACCAGCACAGCCCUGAGGAGGGGGCCAGGCCCCAUUUUAUCACUUGCACCGUGGAACAUGACUCGGUCCGGCUGCCCCUGGAGCACCUAAUGGAAGAACAAGCGGCAGAGGUCACUUUUGUCCCCGUGUCAAAGGUGAAUGGGCAGGCAGAGGUUGAGGAUGUCCUGGCGGCUGUCCACCCCACCACAUGCCUUGUGACCAUCAUGCUGGCCAAUAACGAGACCGGCGUCAUCAUGCCUGUCCCCGAGAUCAGUCGACGUAUUAAGGCCCUGAACCAGAGCCGGGCUGCCUCCGGCCUGCCCCAAAUCCUCGUGCACACAGACGCUGCUCAGGCACUGGGAAAGAGGCGGGUGGAUGUAGAGGACCUGGGUGUGGAUUUCCUGACCAUCGUGGGACACAAGUUCUACGGCCCCAGGAUUGGUGCUCUGUAUGUACGAGGGGUCGGUAAACUUACCCCCCUGUACCCCAUGCUGUUUGGAGGUGGACAAGAGCGGAAUUUCAGGCCAGGGACCGAGAACACGCCCAUGAUUGCUGGCCUGGGGAAGGCUGCUGAGCUGGUGACUGAGAACUGUGAGGCGUACGAGGGUCACAUGAGAGACAUCCGAGACUACCUGGAGGAGAGACUGGAGGCUGAAUUUGGGAAGAGAAUCCAUCUGAACAGCCGGUUUCCAGGGGCGGAGAGACUUCCCAACACGUGCAACUUUUCCAUCCAGGGGUCCAAGCUCCAAGGGUACAUGGUGCUUGCACAGUGCCAGACAUUGCUGGCCAGUGUGGGAGCUUCGUGCCACUCGGAUCAUGAAGACCGGCCGUCCCCAGUGCUGCUGAGCUGUGGUAUCCCCGUGGACGUGGCCCGGAAUGCACUCCGGCUCAGUGUGGGCCGCAGUACCACCAGGGCUGACGUGGACCUCAUUGUGCAGGACCUGAAGCAGGCCGUGGCCCAGCUGGAGGGCUAGGGCUAGCCAGGGCUAGCUAGGGCUAGACAGGGCUAGCCGCCACUCUUUCUCUCGGUGGCCGGCUGAACUUUGGCCACUCGCUCCAUAGGAAACCCCCUGUGAAAGUACCCGGCCCCUAAGCUGUUCCCGCUGAGACGACUGUCUUACUCUGGGGUGCAGAGGGAUGAGGGCUGCCUGUCACACAGAAUCCCACUCCAGCCCCACCCUUACAGGCUCAGGACACCCACUGCCACAUAGGACCUCCCCGUCACCUUCUGCCAAAGGCUGUGUGGGAAUGGGAGUGUUGCAGGUAUGGGUCAGCCUGUCAGGAACACCUGAUAAAUGAAGACAAAACCCGGUCUUUGUCCCCUGUCACUUAGCUGCUAUUGUGAAAAUAGGAAACAAGGUUUUGUCUUCACCCACGACCUCCCAUGUGCCCCUGCAAAG